GGCACAGGGCUCGGAGCCCGGCGGGGAGCGGGGGCCCCCGGGGCCCGCCGCCGCCACUUCGCUUCUUCGGAUACCCCAACCCCGCCGUCCCUUCCCCUUUUCCCCUCCCCGCGAGGGUUUUUGGCGUUAAAAACUGUCGGCGAUGCUGAGCUAUGGAGCAGGAUUCGCCCUGUGGACGGCGCUGGCCCUGACCAAGGCCGCGCCGGAGCAGGCGGCGGGAUGCAGCGCCAACCUGACGGAGCGGAGCGUCGCCGGGCAGAGCGUUCGGCUGCGCUGGGGCGCCGCGGGCCGCGCCUGCAACUUCAGCCUGAGCGGGCGCUCCGAGGACGGGGAGGCGGCCGGCUGCCAGCCCGCCCCCGCGGGCAACGGCACCUACGGCUGCACCCUGCGGGACCUGCAGGCCGGGACCUGGUACCACCUGCGCAUCGAGCCGCUCGCCGGCGGCGAGGCUCUCAACAUCUCCCUGCAGACAGAUCCCUUGCCACCGUCUCGUUUGGUAAUUAAUAAGGAAAAAACGACACUCACAAGCUUGCAGGUUCAAUGGGAUCCUUCCUCAGGAAAGGUGGACAUGUAUAACCUAGUAUUACUUGAUCGUGAUAAUAAAAAGAUAAAAGAAGUCUCCAUACCAGGAAGAAUUUCAAAAACAGAAAAUACGUUUUCCAGUCUCAUUCCUGGGAAUAAAUACAACAUUGUCCUCAGUGCUGUUGCUGGAAAUAAGACUACCCCAGAACUUCAUAUAAGUGGAUCCACUGUGCCAUCUCCUGUGAAAAUUAUUCAGGUCAGUGUCAAGACAGACGCUAUCCACGUUUCAUGGUCUCCUGGCUCUGGACAUGUGGAUCAUUACAGGCUGCUGUUGCUGGAUAAUCGUGUGCCAGUUCAUGAGAUUCACCAGGAAAGCUCCCUUACCUCCUACACCUUUUUAGGACUUACAGCAGGCCACCUGUAUAACCUCUCUAUCAUAACCCAGGCUGCAGGAUUGGAGAGCAGCAGUUUUCAAACAAUCAGGACAGCCCCAGCUGAAGUCUUAGAUUUGAUGGUGACUAACGAUGGCAGUUUAGAUGCUUUAAAAGUUAAGUGGAGAAGACCUUCAGGAAACCUCAAUUUCUAUAAUAUCACUCUGUCUCAUCUUGGAUCAGUUAAGGAAGUCAAAAGUGUGCAGCCACCAGUCACAGAGACACAGUUUGACAAGCUGACUCCAGGACGUCUGUAUCAAGUUACUGCCCGCACAAUCAGUGGUGAGCUGUUCACCGAUCGGACGGCAGCUGGGAGGACAUUUCCCCAGAAAGUUUUGGAGCUGCAGGCCGGCGCUAGCGGCUGGCCGCGGUCUCUGCGAGUGACCUGGGUGCCCCCUGCGGGAGACUGGGAGAGGUACCACCUGCUCCUGUGGAACCGCUCAGCCCUGGUGCUCAACACCACCCUCGGCAAGGACAGCACCGAGUACCUCAUCCGUGAUGCGGGCCUCAUCCCAGGGAGAGAGUACGGCGUGGAAGUCAUUGUGGAGAGCGGCGAUUUGCAGAGCAAGACGAGUUGCACGGGAAGAACAGCUCCAGAGCCUGUUCUCCAGCUCCGUGUGAAGCAUGCUAAUGAAACUUCACUCAGUGUCAUGUGGAUGACCCCUGUUGCAGAAUGGGACAGCUAUGUGGUUUCCCUGGAAGUCAGUGAGCUCCCUAUUGUAAAAAAAGGACUUGCAAAAGAAGCUAAGGAAUUCACUUUCACUGACUUGAUACCUGGAAGGAAAUAUACAGCAAUCAUCACUACCAUUAGUGGGACUUUAAGCAACUGGACUUCAGUAGAAGGAAGAACAGUGCCAGCCCAAGUGACAGGUCUGACUGUGUCAAGUCAGGGAUCAACCAACAGCUUGUUCACCAACUGGACAAGAGCAUUGGGAGAUGUAGAGUCAUACCAAGUGCUACUGAUUCAUGAGAAUGUUGUCAUUAAAAAUGAAACUGUUCCCAGUGAAACUAACAGAUACAAUUUCUAUGCCCUGAAACCUGGAGGACUCUAUUCAGUUGUUGUCACCACUGUCAGUGGAGGGAUAUCUUCAAGGCAAACAAUUGCAGAGGAAAGAACAGUUCCUUCCAGUGUAACUGGAGUAACAGUAAAUAACUCAGGUCGGAGUGACUACCUCAGUGUUUCUUGGCUGCCGGCAUCUGGAGAUGUAGACAGUUAUUUGGUAACACUCUCUCAUGAUGACAAGAUUGUUCAGACUCUCACCAUUUCCAAAUCAUUCAGUGAAUGCUCCUUCAGCAGCCUUACUCCUGGGACACUUUACCAUGUGAUGAUAACCACCAAGAGUGGAAAGUAUGAAAACUAUUCCCUCAGCCAGGAACGAACAGUCCCUUCUAGUGUCCAGGGACUUACUGUCAGCAAUUCAGCCAGAAGUGACUACUUGAAGGUGUCCUGGUUACAUGCAUCUGGAUAUUUUGAUAAUUAUGAAGUGACCAUCAGGAACAACAAUGAUUUCAUCCAAACAAAAAGUGUCCCAAAGGAUGAAAAUGAAUGUGUGUUCACCAGUCUGGUCCCAGGGAGGCAGUACAGUGUCACGGUCAGCACAAGGAGUGGGAAAUACGAAACUAGUGAAAGAGUCUAUGGCAGAACAAUGCCAGAGUCAGUGAAGGAACUGACUCUCAGUAACAGAAGCACAGAAGAUCUGCAGGUAACUUGGUCAAAGGCUGAGGGGGAUGUUGAUAAGUAUGAGAUUCAGCUCCUCUUCAAUGAUAUGAAGAUCUUCCCACCCAUUUUCCUUGGGAACACCAUUGAGGAGUAUUGGUUCACAGCUCUGACUCCAGGACGUCUAUACAAAAUUCUUGUUUUGACCAUCAGUGGAGAUGCACAGCGUGCUACUUUCAUAGAAGGCCUGACAAUUCCAAGCAAGGUCCGAAACAUUCAUGUGUCACCUAAUGGCAUGACAAACAGUCUGAAAGUGAGCUGGACCCCUGGAGGUGGAGAUGUUGAUUCCUACACAGUGACUAUAUUUCAACAAAGCCAUCAACUUGAUUCUCAGAGUGUCUCCAAACACAUCUCUGAGCACAUGUUUCACAAGUUGGAAGCUGGGGAGCAGUACCAGGUGGUGGUGCGAUCUAACAGUGGCACCUUGCACAACAGCUUAGCAGCUUUUGGGAGAACAAUUCCAGCCUCUGUCCAGGAAUUAUUAGCCCAUCAUGCAUACAGCAGUCAUUCCUUGUUAGUGACCUGGCAGAAAGCUCCUGGUGUAGCCGAAAGAUAUGACAUUCUGCUCUUGAAUGAGCAAGGAAUCCUCCUGAGUAACAAAUCAGAGCCAGCUACUGCCAAACAACACAAAUUUGAAGAUUUACUAGCUGGCAAGAAGUAUAAAAUACAAGUUUUGACGGUCAGUGGUGGACUCUUCAGUAAGCGUGCAGAAACUGUUGGCCGAACAGUUCCAGCAGCUGUUACAAAUCUGAAAGUCACAGAGAACACCACUGACCGACUGUCCUUCAGCUGGACCACCUCUCAAGGGGAGCUUGAUUCGUAUGACAUCUUCCUGUACAAUCCAGACAAGUCCCUUCAUGACAGGAUUUCAGGAGAGCAGCAUCUCCAGCAGUGUUCAUUCCAGAACCUGCGUCAAGGCAGGAUGUAUCGAAUGGUGAUUGUUACACACAGUGGAGACCUCACUAAUGAGUCAUCUGUCUAUGGAAGAACAGUACCAGCCCCAGUUGUUGGUCUCAAGGCAUCCAACCGAAACAUGACAGACAGUCUGUGGUUCACUUGGGGUCCAGCAGCAGGAGAUGUUGACUUCUAUGAGCUGAAUCUUUACAACCCAAAUGGCACACAGAAAGAAACUGAGCAAAUGAAAGAUCUGGAGGAGUGGCAUUUCCAGGGGCUCAUUCCUGGCAGAAAGUAUACUUUGUUUGUAGUGACUCACAGUGGUGAGCUGACCAACACAGCAAAUGCUGAAGGAAGAACAGCACCCAGUCCUCCUAACACUGUGUCAUUUACCGAUGUUGCAAACACUUCUUUAUCAAUCACUUGGCUGGGUCCUCCAGACUGGACAGACUAUGAUGAUUUUGAGGUGCAGUGGCUUCCAAAGGAUCCCCUCACAGUAUUCAAUCCGUACAGCAGCAGCAAAUCCAAAGUACGCAUCAUCUAUGGCCUGCGACCAGGGAGGCUCUAUGAGUUCAGUGUCAGAACUGUCAGUGGCAGCAGCUGGAAGACAUACAGCCAGUCACAGUCUGCAACUGUGAGAACAAAGCCAGACAAGAUACAAAGCCUCCACUGUCGGCCCCAAACCUCUACUGCCAUCGCGUGUUCCUGGACUCCUCCUGAUUCUGACUUUGAUGGCUAUAGCGUUGAGUGCAAGAAGAUGGACACCCGUGAAGUGGAAUUUUCUAAAAGGAUAGAAAAAGACAAAUCUCUGCUUAAUAUUAUGACCCUUGUUCCCCACAAGCGAUACCUGGUGUCCAUCAAGGUGCAUUCUGCAGACAUGACGAGUGAAGUGGUUGAAGACAGCACCAUCACAAUGAUUGAUCGUCCUCCUCAGCCACCUCCAGAUGUACGAGUGAACAAAAAAGAGGUGCUGACUACCAAAUCCUCCAUCAACUUCACUUUUAACUGCAGCUGGUUUAGUGAUACUAAUGGAGCUGUGAAGUACUUUACUGUGGUUGUGAGGGAGGCUGAUGGCAGUGAAGGACCAAAGCCCGAUGAGCAGCACCCGUUACCUUCCUACCUGGACUACAAACACAAUGAUUCUAUACGCAUCUACCAGACAAAUUAUUUUGCCAGUAGCUGUGCUGAAAACCCUGACAGUGACUACAAAAGCUUUGACAUUAAGCUUGGAGGAGAAAUGGAAAAUCUGGGAGGAAAGUGUGAUCCAGAUCACCAGAAAUUCUGUGAUGGACCUCUAAAGCCUCGAACUGCGUACAGAAUCAGCAUACGAGCUUUUACUCAGCUUUUCAGUGAAGACCCAAAGGAACUUCCUAAACCGCUCUUUGCAGACACCUUCUUCUCUUUACCGAUCACUACAGAGGCAGAGCCUCUCUUUGGAGUUAUUGAAGGUGUGAGUGCUGGCUUGUUUCUGAUUGUGAUGUUGGUGGCUGUUACUGCUUUAUUUGUCUGCAGACAAAAAGUUGGCAAUGGCCAUGAGAGACCUACAGCGAGGCUGAACAUUCGCAGAGACAGGCCGCUGUCAGUCCAUUUGAACUUGGGGCAAAAAGGAUACCGGAAAACUUCCAGUCCGAUCAAAGUCAGUCACUUUGAAGCACACUUCACCAAACUUCAAGCAGACUCCAACUACCUUCUGUCCAAGGAGUAUGAGGACUUGAAAGAUGUGGGUCGAAACCAGACAUGUGACAUAGCACUUCUGCCAGAGAACAGAGGGAAAAAUCGAUACAAUAAUAUAUUGCCCUAUGAUACAUCAAGAGUGAAGCUUUCCAAUGUGGAUGAUGACCCUUGCUCAGACUACAUUAAUGCAAGCUACAUACCAGGCAAUAAUUUCCGCAGGGAAUACAUAGCAACUCAGGGCCCUUUGCCUGGAACUAAAGAUGAGUUCUGGAAGAUGGCAUGGGAGCAAAAUGUUCACAAUAUUGUCAUGGUAACCCAGUGUGUUGAGAAGGGCCGGGUCAAGUGUGAUCAAUACUGGCCCCAUGACCAGGAUUCCUUGUACUAUGGAGACCUGAUUGUUGAGAUGAUGUCUGAAUCAGUGCUCCCAGAGUGGACAAUACGAGAGUUUAAAAUCUGCAGUGAAGAGCAGCUUGACUCAACGAGGCUCAUUCGUCACUUCCACUACACUGUAUGGCCGGAUCAUGGUGUGCCAGAGACCACCCAAUCCCUGAUCCAGUUUGUCAGAACUGUAAGAGAUUAUAUCAACAGGACCCCAGACACAGGACCAACUAUUGUACACUGCAGUGCUGGUGUUGGCAGGACUGGCACAUUCAUUGCACUGGACCGAAUUCUGCAGCAGCUGGAUUCGAAGGACACUGUUGACAUUUAUGCAGCAGUCCAUGAUCUAAGGCUUCACCGUGUUCACAUGGUUCAGACAGAGUGUCAAUAUGUGUAUCUACAUCAAUGUGUGAGAGAUGUGUUAAGAGCCAGAAAACUUCGCAGUGAACAAGAAAAUCCCUUAUUUCCAAUAUAUGAAAAUGUGAAUCCAGAGUAUCACAGAGGUAACUGCAAGUUUAUCAAAUUGUAAAAUGUUUCAAAUGUAGUAGCUCACUGACAAUGUAAUUGAGGGGGAAUUGUGCUAUUCUUAACUGUUGAUAUUUCUUUACUUCCUGGACCAUCAUUUGUUCUCUCUGCUCUUUUCAUUCUUGCAGUUGUGUCUUUAUUUUCUCCAUUAGUAGUCAUUAUAACAUCACUUCCUGCUCCUGCCUUACCUUUAUGCUCUCACUAUCCAUAAGCAACUGAGAAUGCUGACAGUACUCACUGGGCUCUUCUGCCAUUCAUGGAGUUCAGUUUCUGUCUGCAUCACCCUCAUCUGCUGUUGACAAUAUAGGCAGCCUUGGGAGACUUCCUAUCUGCUUUGACUGGAAAAUGUAAGUGUCCCAGGCUCUGCUCUUUCUUUCUCCCCAGACUCCCCAUCCUUGUAGGCUCCUUUUCCUAGCCUGUAUCCAGUCCCUUGCUGAUAAGAGUGGCAGGAGUAGCAAACCUGGCACUAGCACUGCCCUUCACCUCCUGGGUCCAUGGCCAGAGGACCAGUGUGGAGAAGCUGUAAGCAGUGGUGACCAUGUGCCUUGGUAGAGCUGAUUCCUAAAGGAUGUAGAAGUUUUUAGGGUCAAGACAGAAGGAUCUCAGUAGUUCCACAAAUUUGGACAUUAGGAAUUAAGAUUAUAUCAUAAGAAAUCCCAAUGAUUUUCUUGAUCUAGCCUGUAGAAGUCAGAGUUGUCAUAGACAGGUAGAACAGGCUUGGAGGAGACCAAGAACUGAAACAUCAGGUUUCACACAUUGAGAGACCAAGCAGAGGUGGGAUCUGAACUUUAGCUGUAGCAUCCAUCACAGCCAGUGUUGCUCCCACACAGCCAACUCUCAGAGCACUACUGAAUCUGUGUUGGUUUACUUUUUCUAAUCUCAUUUUUCCUUGCUUUCAGAUGCUGUUUAUUCAAGGCACUAAGAAUGUUAGAGAUAUCUGCUUUUGUGAACACAUUUGUGAACUAGGGGUUUUGUUUUGGUUUUUUUAUGUAUGUAUUUCAUGCACCAGAAAGGUGCCAGACCUUUUGGAUGAAACUGUGUAUAAUUUAUUGGUCUGGUGAUUUUUAAAAGAUAUAUAAUUUAAAUGUAAUAGAUAUUAAUGUAUAUAAUUGUAUUUUGGCAUUGUGUAAAUAUGUAUUUUUUUCUAUAUUGUUUAUAUUAAUAUUAUGCUUCAGAUAAUACUAUUUUUUUCUUAUCACAGUUUUUAUAAACUGUUCUACAUAAACUAUUUUAAGUUGUAUGGCUAACAGGACUGCUGCAUUUGGGGCGCUAUUGGCAUGACAUGGAAAAAGUCCUAUACAGAGAACCUCAUUUUUAAAAAAUAUUUCAGUGUUUGUCAGAUGAAAUAAGCUACUAUUAGGCAAGGGAACAGUAGUCCUGUAUAGCAGUUACAAUGCUACUCUACACUUCAAACUUACUGCUUUUCAUCUGACAAAAAUAGGAGUAACCCAUAUCACAGUGGCAUACCUUUUACAGAACUCAUUAACAACCAACCAAAACAGGGUUCACCUCACUAGAAGCAACUAUUUCAGUCUAGUGUGACAUAGUAGAAAAAUAUCAAACAACAUACCUGCAGUGAAGUCUAGCAGGCCUUUCUCUGACCACAUACUCUGGGGGGAGACAGGUCACAUACUGGUUUCUUUACACUGGUUUAAGAGAGCAGAAUCAGACCACAACUUGUGUCUGUGCACUUCCAUGUGUGUAAAAUUUUUAUUAAGAAAGGUGUUCAAAGACCCUCCUCAGACAUUUGUGUUAACAAACCUGUGAGAAUGUGAAGUCUGGCAACUUCCAUAGCUCAUCAGAAACAAUGCUGUACCACGAGAGCUAAAAAAGUAGAGAGAUGGCAAGCAUUGAAACAAAGACAUGUAAAGGUAUAUAUCCCACAGUUUACUCAACUGGAAUAAAGCUGCACUUUGCCCCAAGUGUUGGUAUCUUUCAAAUGCCACUUGGUUUCACAGUGGGACAGUUUGGCCCCAGCAUGUCUCCAUAGAAAGAGUUCUCCAUUGGAAUGUUACAUGAUGUCACCACCACAGGGGCAGCCAGAAUGGAAAAAAGUUCAUCAGGGAAUGUAGGCUGGCAGGGCUGUCCUGAUCAUAGAAUCAUCUUAUGUUUUGGGUUGGAAGAGACAUUAAAGAUCAUCUAGUUCCAACCUCCAUGCCCCAGGCAGGGGCUCAUUGCUGAAAACAUGUUUAAAAUACAAAACAUAUCAACUUAAUUUUGUAUCAAUAAAAGAACUGAAUGACAGCAAGAAGUACAAUCAAAGAGCACUUACCAGGUAUCCUGCGCAGCCAAGUGUAUUGUGCACAGCCUCUCUCUCCUUUACAAAGAGGCAUGUCAUUCAAGGGUCUAAACACUCUGUUCAGCUAUUACUUAUCUUUAUAAAAUGCUCCUCAAACAAAUAGUGAAAAGCCAGUACACAGUUCAUCUCCACCAUGAAAAGAAGAAAGGGCUUCAUAGUUCUUCUUUCAUAUAUCUACCCAUACUUUACGUAGAGAAAAUGUAGCAUGUUGCUGAAGACAAGUGCCUAAAUUCCACUUCUGUUUUGGAGAAAAAUAAAUAUUUCUGAAGGCCUUCUGAGAAUCAGUAAGCAGCUAACUGAGUGCCUAGCUGAGGAACUCCUGUGCCACAGCAGGACUGUGCAUAUCCAUGUUACUCCACUCUUCCUACUCCGUCUGGAAUGUUAUCCUUUCUUGACCAAAUACCUUCAGAUGCCUCAGAAGCCACCCUUCAAAUCAGCUGUCACAGCUGCUCAGAACAUGUAAACUUGGUCAUUCUUUUUAGGUGUUUCUGAAUGAAAAUACUGCUCAUCUCUCCUGUGCAUCCUCUUUGGUACCACACAAACCUCAAAAUUCACCACCCUUAAUGGCAACCAAAGAAGAAGGGAACUAGCAUUAGGGUAGAAGACAUUUUCACAGAGGAAAGCCUAAGCAAAACCACAAAGAAAUGAGCACAUUUUCUGCAGAUGCCUCCUUUUCUGUAUUUCCUUUGCUAGAUGGCUAGUUUAGCAAGCAAGGACAAACAAGCAUUGGUAGCUUUAGAUCAAUUGUUGAUUGGGCUCGUAACUUCUGCACUUAAGGCAUGGUGAAAACUGCUGUUUUCAUGCAGCUGUAACACAACUGCUGUUGUGUUACAUGCACUGCAUUUGGUCCUUUCUUUUUUGCAGGGGUAGCUGAGGAACGAAGAUCACCAUGUUAGUUACCAGCAGUACAAUUACACUGUUAACACACACCAAGUGUACCCUAUAAAUUACCUCACACUCUGUAUCACCACGUCAUUUUUUAAUGCUGAGGGAAGUGGAGCUCACUCAAUGCUAUAUGAUCUGAGGGCAAAAGUCUGAUUGUAUGCUCUGUAUGUGUGUUGUUCAUCAUUUUCAGAGACACACAUCAUUCUGCAGUUUAUUUUAUCAUUCUCAGCUCCCUUGUCUGCUGCAGAGUUUGUAUAUGUGUACCCAAAAUUAUGUCAUAGCAAACAGCUAGUUUCAUCUUUUUUCCCAGCUAAUAAUGGACACUGUUCAUAGGCCUCUUCCUCCUCAUCACUUCAUAACAUGACAGCUGACCUUAAACACUCUGGCACAAUGCUCUUGAGCAGCUUUACAUUUCUGCCCAAGUAGGUCACACCUGAGACUGUAUACACAUGUUAUUGCUCUGGUUCUGCUCUCUAGCCAAUUCUGCUCAUAUGAAACCAGUGUAAAUCCACUGAGAAAAAGUAAAAAAGUAUCUAUGUAGCAUUUUUUUUAAUAUACAACACCUACUUAUCAGUAUAAGUAGUUAUAUUUAUUGUGCCUCUAAGCUGAAUAACAGGACUGAUGGGAAAUUGUUAAUGUAAGAAAAAUAGAUUUGAGGGAGCUUGUAUGCUGAACAAAGACAGCUCUCAAGGAAAAAGACAUCUUUUGAAUGUCCUUGAUGAUGUUCAGAAUUCCUUUCUUGAUGUUUCCCAAUAAUAAUGUUACAAAGCAAAGCUAGUGUUGUUGCUGAUCCAUAAGCUAAGAUUUGCACACUUGGAGCCCAUCCUUUGAAUCUCUGCAUGGUCCACAAAGCUACCUGAGUACUUUCAUGAAAGUCAACUGGAAUGCUUGCCUGAAGAAAAUACUGUUCCACUUCUGAAGCACUUGCAGGGUUGGGUUUUUAGGUUAAUUCAAAUUUUUGUAUUGAAAGUUAUUUAAUAAUUAAAAAAUUGUAAUAAAUAUUUUUUUUAAUCUGUGCAAUAAAAUUACAAGAUCCACUAGCAAUUGUAGGGAAAAAAUAGAUUUUACAUAGCUGGAGUUGAUAAAUGAUAUUUUUUGUUACUAAUGGAACACAAAAAUGGGUGAGAGAAAUAGGCAUACUGUGAAGAUGUCAAAAAGUGCAACUUUAUACAUUUUUCUCUGCUGCUAUAGUUAUUUAGCAAUAAAUAAUGCCUAAAAUGCCAGAAAUAUUAUUUUGUGCCAUAAUAUGCAAUGAAUUUCCUUCCAAUUGUAGAACAGAGAAAAGAAAAUGUGUGAGCUUUAAGUUUAUAUAAUGUAUAUGGUUAUUUACUCUUUGGAAGCACAAAGUUAAACACUAGACAGAUAGGAGUACAUGAGCACUUAGCUGUGCUCCUCAGCCUGAGAUUUAAUAUAUGAACUAGAGGGAUGGGAACAACGGGCAUCAAAUCAAUCAAUCAGCAUCUCUCUCCAAGGCCACAGAACAGAGAAAUGCAUCUGACACUCAGACAGACAGCCUACCACAGCCACAGCUUCAUGCCCAAGGAGUGCCUUGGCAGAUGCUUAACAUUUAUUCAGAUUUCUUUCAGUACUUCUCACAUUCAGUUUGUGUAAAUAAAAUGCAAUAUAGAAUGAUCACCACUCCCUUCAUGGCCCUGUCACAGAUGUCUGGACUCUGAAGCUGUGAGCUCUGGGACCUGUAAUCUCAGGGUGCUGUAACUUUGAAUUGAAAUGAGUGCUCACCCCAGUAUUUGAACAACUUGCUGUAGACCCCAUGCCCUCAAUUGUCUCCCUCACACUGACAAAAUCAAACUCCUGACCUGUUGUGAGCACCUCUGUGGCCAAAGCAAACUGGUUUGUUAUCAGUGAUCUCACAGAUCAACAGCUGGUUCAAACUGGGACUUUUUGUUUUAAGGCUUGCAGGAAAUGCUGGAGACUAGGGACCAGCUAAUUGAGAAAAAACUGUGGAACUGGAACACACACAGUGUCAGCAAAGCAGGUAGUCUAAUAUUCAUGACAGUUUACUUGUUUCUUGGUUUGUUUGAAAGCUAGAGAAAUACUGUAAGUAACAUUAGGAAGCUAAAUAUAUAUUGCUCUAGAGCAGGGCAGUACACUAUAGUGAAAACCCCACCACUUAGAAAUUUGGCUAGCCAUAAAUUCUUUGCCAGUGCUUGGAGUAAAGUGUCUGAAAAACAUCUUCAGUAUUUAUUCCAUGCUCAUAUGCAAUAUAAUUACUUAUAAUUGUGUUCCUAACAAACACUGGGUGAACACAGAACUGUGCUACUAUUGUCAAUUUAAUUUAUGCAUUUAAGUAUAUUUUUAUAUUUUUAGCUACAGUCAACAAAUCAAAUAUAUUUGAGUGUAUUUUACACAUUUUUAGAAAUACUUCAUGAAUAAAACAUUCAUUUUA